AUGGGAAGAAAGAAAUUCAGUGGAUUAGAAAUCUCCUUGAUCAUCCUAUUUGCAAUUGUGUCUAUAAUUGCUGUGGCCUUAAUUGCAGUAUUAGCAACAAAAGGGACAGCCGUCAAAGAAAUUAUUUCAGGAGGUGGAAGCCCAUCUACUCCAGGAAAAUGCCCAAGUGAUGUGAAUGUCAACAUAGAUGGGAGGAUAAACUGCAUACCAGACCAAUUUGCAACAGAGACUUUAUGUAUCCAGCGUGGCUGUUGUUGGAGUCCAUUGAACAGUACCACCUACCCUUGGUGUAUCUUUGGGUACAAUCAUGGCUACGACGUUUACAAUCAGCAGGCAACUAAAGCUGGAAUGGAAGUUAAAUUAAGCAGGAUCUCUUCACCUACCUUAUUUGGAAAUGACAUUGAGUAUGUCUUGCUCACAACGGAAAAUCAGACACCCAGUCGACUUCGGUUCAAGAUUACUGACCCUAAAACCAAAAGAUUUGAAGUUCCUCAUCAGUACAUCCAAAAAUUUACUGGACCAGGAGCAGUGGAUACAAAAUAUAAGAUAGAAAUGACUCGAAAUCCAUUUGGCCUCAAAGUAAUUCGAAAAAGUAACAACAGAGUUUUGUUUGACACAACUGUUGGGCCUCUGGUUUACUCAGACCAAUACUUACAAAUCUCCACCAAACUACCUAGCAACUAUUUCUAUGGAAUUGGGGAACAUAUCCAUAAACGGUUCCGUCAUGAUACUUACUGGAAAAACUGGCCCAUCUUUACCCGGGAUGAACUGCCUGGUGAUAACAACCAUAAUUUAUAUGGCCAGCACACAUUUUUCACAUGCAUUGAAGAUGAUACGGGACUGUCGUUUGGAGUUUUCCUACUAAACAGCAAUGCAAUGGAAAUUUUUGUCCAGCCAACUCCUAUAAUAACUUACAGGGUUACAGGUGGAAUUCUGGACUUUUACAUUUUUGUAGGAGAUAAUCCAGAGCAUGUUGUCCAACAAUAUGUUGAGCUUAUUGGACGGCCUGCAAUGCCUUCUUACUGGGGUCUUGGAUUCCAACUGAGCCGCUGGAAUUACCUGACUCUUGAUGAAGUGAAAAGGGUGGUACAGAGAAAUCGAGCAGCAGGCAUUCCUUUUGAUGUUCAGGUCACUGAUAUUGACUAUAUGGAGGAAAAGAAAGACUUUACUUAUGACAUGGACAAAUUUGCAGGACUCCCUGAAUUUGUUAAAGAUUUGCACGAUCAUGGGCAGAAAUAUAUCAUCAUUCUGGAUCCUGCCAUUUCUAUAAACAAACGACUUAAUGGAGCUCCUUAUGAGACAUAUGAUAGGGGAUCAGCAAAAGAUGUGUGGGUAAAAAUGGCAGAUGGGAAAACACCACUUAUUGGAGAGGUCUGGCCUGGUUUAACAGUGUAUCCAGAUUUCACCAACCCCAACUGUACAGACUGGUGGGUAGAAGAAUGUCGAAUUUUUCACGAUACAGUGCCCUAUGAUGGAUUAUGGAUUGAUAUGAAUGAAGUUUCCAGCUUUGUUAAAGGGUCAAAGGACGGAUGUAAGCCCAACAAAUUGAACUACCCACCUUUCACUCCAGAAAUUCUUGACAGAGUCAUGUACUCAAAGACCCUUUGCAUGGAUGCUGUGCAGAACUGGGGGAAGCAGUAUGAUGUCCACAGUCUUUAUGGAUACAGCAUGGCAAUAGCUACAGAAAAGGCCAUUGAAAAAAUAUUUCCAAAUAAAAGAGGCUUCGUUUUGACCCGCUCAACUUUUGCUGGUUCUGGACGACAUGCUGGCCAUUGGUUAGGUGAUAACACUGCUUUAUGGGAACACAUGGAAUGGUCAAUCACUGGUCUGCUGGAAUUUAGCCUCUUUGGAAUACCUUAUGCUGGAGCAGACAUUUGUGGCUUUAUUCUUGAUACCACAGAAGAGCUAUGCACUAGAUGGAUGCAGCUUGGAGCAUUUUAUCCAUUUUCUAGAAAUCAUAAUGGGGAAACAUUCAAGCCUCAAGACCCAGCUGUUUUUGGACAAGAUUCUAUUUUGGUCAAAUCAUCACGACAUUAUUUGUUGAUCCGCUACACUUUGCUGCCCUUCCUCUAUACCCUGUUUUACAAAGCUCAUGUGUAUGGAGACACAGUAUCCAGGCCAUUCCUUCAUGAGUUUUAUACAGAUCAAAACAGCUGGAUUGAGGACACUCAGUUCUUAUGGGGCCCCUCCUUACUUAUCACACCUGUUCUGAAACAGGGUGCUGAUAGAGUGAGUGCUUAUAUUCCUGAUGCAAUCUGGUAUGACUAUGAAACCGGUGUCAAAAGACCAUGGCGAAAACAACGAGUUGAAAUGUAUCUCCCAAUAGAUAAAAUAGGAUUACAUUUGAGAGGAGGCUACAUUUUCCCCAUUCAGCAACCCAGUGUAACCACAACUGCCAGCCGUCAGAAUCCCCUUGGCCUCAUCAUUGCAUUGGGUGACAAUAACGCAGCCAAAGGAGACUUCUUUUGGGAUGAUGGAGAAAGUAAAGAUUCAAUAGAAAAAGGAAACUACAUCUUCUAUAACUUUUCAGUUGCUUCUGAUGUGUUAGAUAUUACUCUUGUACAUCCAUCAUCCCUAUUCAACUCAUUAGCUUUUGAGGAAAUCAAAAUUCUUGGAUUUGAAUUUAAUGCAACAACUAUCACAGUGACUUAUGCAGAUGACAAUGUAAUACCAUCUACUCAUAAAUGGAGCCAUGAUGCUUCAAACAAGGUUCUUCACAUUACAGGCUUGAAACUUUUUCUAGGCCAGUCUUACAGAGUGAAAUGGACUUCAACCUUCCCUGUAAAAGAAAGGUUUGGUUGUUUGCCAGAUGGUGUUGAAACCCAGGAAAACUGUUUAGCCCGUGGUUGUGAAUGGAACCCGAAUACCUCUGGAACUUCAGCACCUAGGUGUUAUUACCCUAAAAAUGAUAAUCCUUAUACAGUCACUUCAGCAAGCUAUACCCCAACAGGCAUAACAGCUGAUCUCAAAAGGAACCCCAGAAAAGCACGUUCAUUACCAUAUCCUAAUCCUAUUUCCAACCUUCGACUGGAGGUGAAAUAUCACAAAAAUGAAAUGCUUCAGUUUAAGAUUUAUGAUGCGGACAAAAAGAGAUAUGAAGUUCCAGUACCACUAAACAUUCCUGCUAGUCCUACAAGCACUUAUGAAGAUCGGCUGUAUGAUGUUGAAAUUAAAGAAAAUCCAUUUGGUAUCCAGGUCCGAAGAAGGAGCACAGGAGUAGUCAUCUGGGAUUCUCAGGUGCCUGGAUUUUCUUUUUAUGACCAGUUCAUUCAGAUAACAACCCGUCUUCCAUCAGAAUUCCUCUAUGGAUUUGGGGAAGUUGAACACACUGCAUUUAAGCGAGAUCUGAACUGGCACACUUGGGGAAUGUUCACUAGAGACCAGCCUCCAGGUUAUAAACUGAAUUCCUAUGGCUUUCAGCCUUAUUACAUGGUUAUGGAAAAUGAAGGCAAUGCUCAUGGAGUUCUUUUGCUCAACAGUAAUGGAAUGGAUGUGACAUUCCAACCAACCCCUUCUUUGACUUACCGCACGAUUGGUGGGAUCUUAGACUUUUACAUGUUUCUGGGUCCAACUCCUGAAGGAGCAACUCAACAAUAUCAUGAAGUCAUUGGCCGCCCAGUUAUGCCCCCUUACUGGGCUAUGGGAUUCCAGCUGUCUCGUUAUGGAUACCGAAACACGUCUGAGAUUGUUAGUCUCUAUGAAGAUAUGGUACAGGCCAAAAUCCCUUAUGAUGUACAGUACACAGACAUUGACUACAUGGAACGGCAGCUUGAUUUUACCCUUCGGGACAGAUUCCAUGAUCUCCCAAGAUUUGUUGAAAGACUACAUCAAGAUGGAAUGAAAUACAUUAUUAUUCUGGAUCCUGCAAUUUCUGGAAAUGAGACACAACCCUAUCCUGCAUUUUCCAGAGGAUUUGAGAAAAAUGUCUUUGUCAAAUGGCCGAAUACUGAUGAAAUUUGUUGGGCAAAGGUUUGGCCAGAUCUGCCCAAUAUCACAAUAGAUGAAUCUUUGACUGAAGAUGAAGCUGUAAAUGCUUCCCGAGCUCAUGUAGCUUUUCCAGAUUUUUUCCGUCCAGUUACAGCUGAUUGGUGGGCAACUGAAAUUGAUGAUUACUACAAUAAUGUGAUGAAGUUUGAUGGUUUGUGGAUUGACAUGAACGAACCUUCUAGCUUUGUCAAUGGAACAACUUCUAAUGUAUGCCGAAAUGAUACACUGAAUUAUCCACCUUAUUUUCCAGACCUAACAAAAAGAGGAGAAGGAUUGCAUUUUAGAACAAUGUGUAUGGAAACAGAACAGAUCUUGAGUGAUGGAACCUCAGUAUUGCAUUAUGAUGUUCACAACUUAUAUGGAUGGUCCCAAGUGAAACCAACUCUUGAUGCCUUGCAAAAAACAACAGGCAAAAGAGGAAUUGUUAUCAGUCGUUCCACAUAUCCUACUGGUGGUCGAUGGGGAGGUCACUGGCUUGGUGACAACUAUGCAAACUGGGACAAUUUGGACAAAUCCAUCAUUGGCAUGAUGGAGUUUAGUCUCUUUGGGAUAUCAUAUACUGGUGCUGACAUCUGUGGCUUCUUCAACAAUUCAGAACGUGAGCUGUGUGUCCGUUGGAUGCAACUUGGAUCAUUUUAUCCAUUUUCUAGAAAUCAUAACAUUGCAUUUACUCGGAGACAAGAUCCUGUUUCUUGGGAUGAAGCCUUUAAAGAUAUAUCUAGGAAUGUUCUUAACAUAAGAUAUAAUCUACUGCCCCAUUUCUACACACUAAUGCAUGAAAUCCAUGCUAAAGGUGGCACAGUCAUCCGUCCUCUUCUACAUGAGUUCUUUGAUGAUCAGGAAACCUGGUAUAUUUUCAAGCAGUUUCUUUGGGGCUCAGGCUUUUUGGUCACCCCAGUUAUGGAGCCUGGGUCCACAGAAGUAGAAGCAUAUGUACCUGAUGCCCGCUGGUUCGAUUACCACACAGGACUUGAUAUUGGAAUUAGGAAAAGAUUUACAAAGUUUCAAGCUCCUCUGGAAAAAAUCAAUCUCCAUGUCCGGGGGGGUCAUAUUCUUCCUUGUCAGGAGCCUGCUCAGAAUACCUUUCAUAGUCGAAAAAAUGUAAUGAAACUUAUUGUUGCUGUGGAUGAUAACAAAAUGGCACAAGGGUCAUUGUUUUGGGAUGAUGGAGAUAGCAUUGAUACUUACGAAAGAGGCCAAUACUUAUCAGUACAGUUUAAGUUAAAUCAGACUACUCUGACAAGUACUGUCACACAUAAUGGGUAUUCAAACCCCAGUGAGCUGAAGCUUGGGUCUAUCAAAGUAUGGGGAAAAGAUAAGACUGCAGUUUCAAGUGUGGAACUCAAAUAUGAUGGCCUGACUGAAAACCUCAGCUUUCGGGAUGAUCCAACCAACGGGAUAUUAGACAUUGAUCUUAAUAAUAAAAAUGUCAUCUUGGAGAAAAACAUAGAAAUUUCUUGGAAGACAUGAGAACCAAACGCCAACUUCGAUUUUCAAAAAGGAUGAAUCUACUACAAUUUCAAUUAAUGUCUAAUUUUUUGUCUUAAAAUCCCCCAUGUAAUAUAAUUCAAUAUUAUGAAAUAUAUUUAAAAGAUAUUAA